CACACAAGUACAUACAUGCACACACGCACAUACACGCAUGCACACAUGCACACACAUGCGCGCACACACACGCACAGCUGCUGGCAGACAUUGGCACACCGUGUGGCCUCCACCGAGAGCAUCUUCCCCCGUCCCAUGGCUCCAGAAACCGGCCCCACCCCCAGCCCUCUCUAGCCUCCAGGGGAACUUGUAUUGGAACAAUCCGUGUCUCUUUCUGACUCUCCAGGCUGGACCUGGUCUUCUCCAUAUUUAGAUCCUUCCCAGUUCUGCUCCCACAGAGCACCACGGAUUGUGAUUGUCCCAGCUCCGUCCACCUUUCUCAGACCCACACUGAGAGCCUCCUAAGAGCCAGGUCUGGUGCCGACGGGUCUCCUUCCUCACCAAGGCCAGCCCGCGUCCCGCAGUUCCACGGCACCUCCCAGAUAGGACACGGAGCCUGACUUGUGGAGGUUCACGCCUGCAGGACGGGGACGAACUAGAUCCAAAUCCGAGACCCCAGCACCCAGCGGAGGGUCAGGAACUGGAAACUGUUUCCCAUGUAGGAAGGAGCCCUCCAGACCUUCCUCCCUCAGGCCCAGGAGUCCGGGUCCCGUGUAGAAAAUGAAAUCAUCGCUGGAACCCACCCCCGCCUUGACCCCACCCAGCUGCCCCAUCAACGCCCCAUUGACAGAGAUGCCCGGCAAACAGUCUGAGGAAGGGCCGGUGGAGGCAGGGGCUUCGGAGGACAGCGAGGAGGAGGGUCUGGGCGGCCUGACGUUAGAGGAGCUCCAGCAGGGCCAGGAGGCUGCCCGGGUGCUGGAGGACAUGAUGGCGCUGAGCGCUCAGACCCUGGUCCGAGCCGAGGUGGACGAGCUCUACGAGGAAGUGCGUCCCCUGGGCCAGGGCCGCUAUGGCCGCGUCCUUCUGGUCACCCAUCGUCAGAAAGGCACACCCCUGGCACUGAAGCAGCUCCCGAAACCCCGCACGUCCCUCCGCGGCUUCCUGUACGAGUUCUGUGUGGGGCUCUCGCUGGGCGUGCACUCAGCCAUCGUGACAGCCUACGGCAUUGGCAUCGAGUCAGCACAAUCCUACAGCUUCCUGACGGAGCCCGUCCUGCACGGGGACCUCAUGGCCUUCAUCCAGCCCAAGGUGGGCCUCCCACAGCCUGCAGUGCACCGCUGCGCCGCCCAGCUGGCCUCCGCCCUGGAGUACAUCCACGCCCGCGGCCUCGUGUACCGGGACCUGAAGCCGGAGAACGUCCUGGUGUGCGACCCGGACUGUCGACACUUUAAGCUGACCGACUUCGGCCACACGAGGCCUCGCGGGACCCUGCUGCGCCUGGCCGGGCCGCCCAUCCCCUACACGGCCCCCGAGCUCUGCGCGCCCCCGCCCCUCCCCGAGGGCCUGCCCAUUCAGCCCGCCCUGGACGCCUGGGCGCUGGGCGUCCUGGUCUUCUGCCUGCUCACGGGCUACUUCCCCUGGGACCAGCCCCUGGCCGAGGCCGACCCCUUCUACGAGGACUUCCUCAUCUGGCAGGCGUCGGGCCAGCCCCAGGACCGUCCUCAGCCCUGGUUCGGCCUGGCCCCCGCGGCCGACGCGCUUCUGUGGGGGCUGCUGGACCCUCACCCCCGAAGGAGGAGCGCUGUGAGCUCCAUCAGGGAGCACCUGGGGCGCCCCUGGAGGCAGCGGGAGGGUGAGGCUGAAGAAGUGGGAGGGGUGGAAGAGGAGGCUGGGCAGUGAGGAGGCCCCGGGGGAUGCAGAAAGGGACGCUGCGCCAUCGAGGCCUCCAAGGCCAACGGCUUUUGGUUUCUCCUCUGUGUGUUUUCAUCCAUGGGGCUUGGGGCUCCCCUCUGCGUCCUCCUCCUCUCUCCUCUCUGCAGGCUGUAUGCCUCCCUGGGUCCAUGGGGGCCUCAGACCUCUGCAUGUCCCUCCAUACCUGCCACCACCUUACCCAGGGUCUCAGACCUCCGCGCGUCUCUCGGUACCUGCCGCCACCUUCCUCAGGGCCUCUGCACUCGCUGUUUGCUGGGGACACUUUAGGCUCAUCCCCUCACCACUGCGUUUUCAUUUUGUUUUGAGACAGGGUCUCCCUCUGUCUCCCAGGCUGGAGUGCGGUGGUGCGAUCUCUGCUCACUGCCGUCUGGAAAUCUACAGCUCAAACAAUCCUCCUGCCUCAGCCUCCUGAGUAGCUUGAGACUACAGGCAUGUGCCACCACUCAAGGCUAAUUUUUAACUUUUUUUAAGAGAUGGACGGAUCUUGCUAUGUUGCCCAGGUGGGUCUCAACUCCCGGCCUCAAACAAUCCUCCUGCCUCAGCCUCCUGAGUAGCUGGGACUACAGGCAUGUGCCACCAUGCUCGGCUAAUUUUUAAAAUUUUUUUAGAGAUGGUGGGGGGCGAGUCCUGCUAGCUCAGGCUAGUCUCAAACUCCUGGCCUCAAGUGAGUCUCCCACCUCGGCCUCCCACAGUGCUGGGGUUACAGCUGUGCAUCCUAAAUGCUUACUGUCUGCCUCCUCAUCCCCCCACUCUAUUAUUUCUUUAGAACACGGGUCUUCUUCUAACUGUAUGCCUUACUUUUUGUGGUUAUUUUGUGAGCUCCUGGCGUUGGAGGUCUUUGCAACCUCCCAUUUGCUGACGGACUCAUGUACCCAGCCAUGGCCUGCAGCAGGGGUCAGGAAACGUCUGUUAAAUAAAUGAACCCGUCCGGUGUGGCACGGCCUCCCCUCCGUCCCUGUCCUCCUGUCGUCCUCUCUCCUUCUCUCCGGCCAGGUCUCCCUCCCAUGCAGCACCACCCUCUCUGUGAUGUGUUUUGCCUUCUCUCGCCCCAGCCGCCCUGCAAAUAAACUGCGUCUGGCACUCAGA